AUGGAGAAGUUGUUCGAGUUGUAUUUGGACGACGAGAACAGCCUGCUGCCGUACAUGAAGCAGAAAUUGCUGUCGGGAAGCGCACAGGUGACGAUCGAACGCAUAUUGUCGUGCUUGAAAAAUGCGACUCAAUCUGACCAGGACGUUAUCGUGUGGAAACUCGUCAGAUUCGACGUAAUAUCUACCAUAUGCGACGUCAUGCAAACAUCGGACGACAAUUUCGUCAGAGUCGCUCUCAAAUGCUUCGAACUCGCGAGCAUACACAAGAGAUUUUACGAGAAUCACGCUGCCAUGAAUGCCGUGGAGUCGAUGUUGAGACUCACUUACUGUAUAAAUAAAUCACUCAAAGACUCGAUACUUUCCGAGAAGCUCGUGCAGAGCAUCUGCAAUGUGCUCGUUAGAUCAUCGGAAUUAGCCGUGGAUCUCAACGACGUGUGCGUCCCGCAGCAAAUUGUGCUGCUCGUGAAGAACUUGGACGUGCAUGACUCGCAGCGGGAUAAGCUGAAGUUCACCGCCGUGACGAUGUUGAACGUCGUGCUGCAGCGCGCGGUUUUCGACGACAGCCCCGACGAGGAGAUGAUCAUUGACGUGUGCCGCGACGCGAUGAGGUCGAUGACGGAAAUUGUGAAAUACGGCGAGGACGAUAACGCGAUUUUGCUCGCCGCGGUGAUAUUAUGCGGCACCUGCGCCGGCGGCUCCCGGUUUUGCGGCACCGAGCCCGCGCGAGAAGAACCGAUCGGCGACGAUGACCUUACGAUUCGCCAGAAGAAGUUCGAGUUGUCGGUCUCCAUCUACGAAGCAAUGAUGACAAUAAUUAUACCCUACGUGAAGGAUGCGGACUUGUCGCGCAUAGACUCGGUCACGUUUCACCGGAACCUUGUCUCCUGCCUGAACAACCUGUACCAGCUGAAAAGCUGCAAUCAUGACAACUUGUCGAACCACUUGGCCGCCAAUGGUUAUCUCGAGUACUUCUUGCGCUUGACCGUGCAACUUCCGUAAGUCGCGCCGGUCGUUCUUAACGUUCUAUAGGAUUAACGAGAUUAUAC